AUGGCUGCCACCACCACUGCCCGCCCUGUGGGUGCUCUGAGGCGCAAUGUCACCGCCGACUCGGCUCCUUCGACCAUUGCAAACUCGCCAUCCGACUCCCUAGCUGGAUCGGCUUCCAACACUUCCCUGUCGUCGCUCGGCUCUGAGGCUGACAUCGUCGCUAAGCCCGCCGGCAAGCUUCUCGAUACCUACGGCAACGAGUUCGAGAUCCCCGACUACACCAUUGGCCAGCUCCGCUCUGCCAUCCCCAAGCACUGCUUCGAGCGCUCCGCCGUCCGCAGUCUGGGCUACGUUGCCCGCGACCUUGCUCAGCUCGCGGCUACCUUCUACCUAUUCCACAACUAUGUGACGCCCGAGACCAUCUCUUCGAUGCCCGUUCGCGCUGUCCUGUGGACUCUGUACACCUUCAUGCAGGGUCUGUCUGGAACCGGUCUUUGGGUCAUGGCCCACGAGUGCGGUCACCAGGCCUUCUCUCCCUCCAAGGUCCUCAACGAUACCGUUGGCUGGGUCUGCCACUCCGCUCUUCUUGUCCCCUACUUCUCCUGGAAAAUCUCCCACGGCAAGCACCACAAGGCCACUGGCCACAUGGAGCGCGACAUGGUCUUCGUGCCCAAGACCCGUGAGGUCUACGCUUCCCGUGUUGGCAAGUUCGUCCACGAGCUCCACGAGUUGACCGAGGAGACUCCCAUCGCUACCCUCAUCCACAUGGUCACUCAGCAGCUUGGUGGCUGGCCCACGUACCUGAUGAGCAACGUCACCGGCCACAACUUCCACGAGCGCCAGUCCGAGGGCAAGGGUGUCGGCAAGAAGAACGGCUUCUUGAAGGGCGUCAACCACUUCAACCCCUCGUCUCCUCUGUAUGAGAAGAAGGACGAGAAGCUCAUCCUGCUCUCUGAUGUCGGCAUUGCCAUCACCCUUGCUGCUCUUACCUGGGUCGGCAAGAACUACGGUUUUGCCAACCUCCUCGUCUGGUACAUCAUUCCUUACCUCUGGGUCAACCACUGGCUCGUUGCCAUUACCUUCCUUCAGCACACCGACCCCACUCUUCCUCACUACGACGCAAAGACCUGGACUUACGUUCGCGGAGCCGCUGCUACCAUCGACCGUGAGUUCGGCUUCAUCGGACGCACUCUCCUCCACGGCAUCAUCGAGACCCACGUUCUCCACCACUACAUCUCCACCAUCCCCUUCUACAACGCUGAUGAGGCUUCUGAGGCUAUCAAGCCCGUUAUGGGCAAGCACUACCGCUCUGAUACCGAGGGUGGCUCGAUCGGUUUCAUCAAGUCCAUGUGGAAGAGUGCUCGCAUGUGUCAGUGGGUCGAGCCCACCGAGGGUGCCACCGGUGAGAACGCUGGUGUUCUGUUCUUCCGCAACCACAACGGCCUUGGUGUCCCACCCACAAAGGUCAUGGCCCCGGUCGCUCAGACGACUGCUGGCAAGGGCGCGAAGAUGGAGAUUGGCCCUGAGGACGAGUAG